AUGUUACACUUUAUCUUCUAUCUUAGUGUUCGUUGUCAACAAAAGAAUGUUAUUCGUGCUUAUUACAUCAUUUGUGAUGGUUGUGGUGCUAAAGAUAAUCUUUGUUGUAAAUGUGAACAAAGUCAAGACACAUCUAUUGAACGACCUGCUCCUGCUGUUGAAGAAGAACGUGAACAGGCUGAAUUUGAAACUGAUAUUAAACUACUUCGAGAGAGACAACGACGUAGAUUCUAUCGGUUAAUGAAACAAGGAAUGUCUGGUGAAGAAGCUUUUGCAAAACUUAAUGUUUCUUCGAAUAAACAAUCGAACAAUGAUGAUGAUAAUGCUAAUGAUACUGAUCAUGAUGACGAUGACGAUGAAAAUUAUGUCGACGAAGAUUCCGAUAUUGAUGAAGAUGAAUUGACUUGA